AAUCUCUGAAUUUAAACUAGGGUUUCAUACCAGCCUGUGAAUGGGUCCUUCGUUUCAUUCAUCAUUCAAACAACUUCAGCUAUCAUUGUAACAUCUUCUUGAUUUGUUCUCUUAUCAUUCUUUUGCUUGUCACCAUGGCUAACACCAGCAACAAUGUCGUUGGAGUUGACAACACAUUCAGAAGAAAAUUUGAUCGGGAGGAGUAUCUGGAACGUGCUCGGGAGCGCGAGAGACAGGAGGAGGAGGGUCGAGCUAAACCUAAAGCUAAAGGUCCUCCCGUGCAGAGGAAGCCCUUGAAACAUAGAGAUUAUGAAGUGGACCUUGAAUCCCGCUUGGGGAAGACUCAGGUUGUUACACCGGUUGCACCACUUAGUCAGCAGGCUGGAUACUACUGCUCAGUUUGUGAGUGUGUGGUAAAGGACUCUGCAAACUACUUGGAUCAUAUUAAUGGAAAGAAACAUCAAAGAGCUUUGGGCAUGUCUAUGCGAGUAGAACGUGCUUCUCUCAAACAGGUUCAGGAACGAUUUGAAGUUCUAAAGAAACGAAAAGAUGUUGGAAGCUUCACGGAGCAAGAUCUUGAUGAGCGGAUUUUAAAACAGCAGCAAGAAGAGGAAGAAAGAAAGCGACUGCGUCGGGAAAAGAAAAAGGAAAAGAAGGAGAAGGCAGUGGAAGAACCUGAAAUUGAUCCUGAUGUUGCAGCCAUGAUGGGGUUUGGGGGUUUCCGGUCAACCAAGAAAUGAUGGCAUUCUGAAUGCAGAAUCAACUGUGUAUGAAAGUUGGAACAAUUAUUCCGCAAUUUAAAGCUGAAUCUGGUAUCUUCCAACAUGAUUUUGGGUGGCUUAAAGAUGAUUCUGUGGUGAAUGGUUAAAUAGUGGGGGUUCAAACAGUAGUAUGCGGGCUGGUUCAUUGCGUUAUAUUCAAAUGUGAUACGGUUGAUUCAUGUAUAUUUCUACUGAUAGCUAACCUGGUGUAUUAUACAAGCGUGACACUUUUAUUCUACUACUUUCUAUAGUGGGGAUUGACAACUUGCCUAGCUCAUAGAAUCCAACCAUGAACAGUCGAUACGAUGCUAUUGGGCUGUAGCUUUUUGUAGCUCAUUU